UUUGAAUUUGAUGUUAUGCAUCUAGCUAUGUUAUUUCAAUGUGAUGUUUAUACUCUUUAAGUUUUAAAGAACAGCAAAUACCGAUUUUUGAUUAGAAAAUAGGCAUCUGCACAGAUGCCGUAUCUCUCUAGUCAUAUGACGUCUCCACUUCCUGCUUGGAGAACCAAUUUUGAGACAACGCUGUUUUCUCCUCCAAUAAGACAUUUUUCCAGAUAUCAUUUAUGGUACUCAUUAAACAUGAAAAUCCCAAAAGGAUGGAUGAUGUAGCGCAGUUUGAAUCAAUCAACAGAUUAGCAGGGAACGGUUUUUAUUGACAUCUUGAAAUGUACAAAAAAAAAUCAUUUCCCAAGAUCCAAUGCAUGUCCGAAGGGGCGCGACGUCUCGAGGAUUUUUGACACAAGAAAAUAAGAUAGUCUGCUUCCGCGCGCGAUUUAUAAUGUUUUGCUCACUUUGCGAAAUCUCUUGAGUGUAGCUAACAUUUCACAGUUAUAAUGACUUGAAUGUCAAUGCAUUUAACCUAGCUGGUCCUAUUUUCUCGGAAGAUAAGAUUGUAAUCAAAUGUCAUGGAGCGGCCUGCCAGCGGAAAACUCAGCAAUCAAGAUUACCAGGCUGGUGGCACCCUAUCAACAUUGUUUUGUCGUUUGUGGUAGCCAGCGGCAACAAAUAUUAACAUGACAACUGGGCCAUGCGCAGCUGGAGGUGGCAGUUCUCCAGGAUGAUGAGCCUUUGCCUGCGCUGGUGCCGGCUGUGUCCUAAGCGAGGGGUGCGCCCCAGCAAGCCCCGGAGGAAGCUAGGAGAGCUGUGGAGCUACUGGAAGCUGCUGCUCAACUCCCUCUACUUCAACAGCCUCACCAACUCUGACACCUACCUGGACUGUGUCUUUGAACCCAUCUACUGGAUUGUGGACAAUGUGACUCGCUGGUUUGGGGUGGUAUUUGUGUGCCUGGUGAUUGCCCUCACCAGCUCUGUGGUGGUCGUUGUCUACCUGUGCCUGUUGCCUGUUAUCCUCAACACCUACCCACUGCUGUGGAUCAUCUGGCACCUCACCUAUGGCCACUGGGUCCUCAUAAUGGUCCUUUUCCACUACUACAAGGCCACCACCACCUCCCCUGGACACCCACCACAGGUUAAAAGUGAUACACCGUCAGUGACCAUCUGUAAGAAAUGCAUCGUCCCCAAACCAGCCAGGACUCACCACUGCAGCAUCUGCAAUACGUGUAUUCUGAAGAUGGAUCACCACUGUCCUUGGCUCAACAACUGUGUGGGCCACUUCAACCACCGCUACUUCUUCUCCUUCUGCCUGUACAUGACCAUGGGCUGCAUGUACUGCAGCGUCAGCUGCAAAGACAUGUUCAUAGAGGCUUACAACGCUGUCGAGAGCUACUAUCAGACCCCACCAGCACUGUUUUCCUUCAGGGAAAAGAUGGUCCACAAUGGUGUCAUUUUCAUUUGGGUGCUGACAAGUUCGGUGGCAGUUGCUCUGGGAGGUCUGACCCUGUGGCAUGCUAUCCUCAUCACUCGAGGAGAGACCAGUGUGGAGAGACACAUAAACAAGAAAGAAAUCAGACGUUUAAAGGAGAAAGGAAAGGUGUUCCGAAAUCCAUACCACUAUGGGAAAAUAAACAAUUGGAAAGUUUUGUUUGGUGUGGAGGAGACACGUCACUGGUUGACCAGAGUCCUCCUGCCGUCUAGCCACGUUCCCCAUGAAGAUGGACUGAUAUGGGAAUGCCCUCGGGCUCUCACCAGAAGAGACCCUAUGACCAUCUAACCUCCCACGACUCGCUGCUGGACAGUUUCUCAUCUCCACUUCAUGGGCCAUGAUCACUGCUAUAGCCCUGGCCCCUGGAUGGUGGGGUAGACAAGACUUCUUUUAGCCUCUGAGGAGUGGACUAUUUGGUGUUUAUUGUGGCCCAUGAGUCCAGGGACCUUAAUCGGACCUCCAGUCACUGUCAUGUGAAGUGAUGGUCCUGUCUUUAAUAGUCUACUUGUCUUGUGGACUGACUGUUUUUGUACUGUUAGGUAUGUUGUCCAAAGUUGAUGUGAAGUGUGUGCUUUUUAAUUGUAUUGAAGUCACAGAAGAAGCAGUUUGGACUUUUUCAGUGCCAAAGAACAGCUUUCCACCAAAGGCUAGGUUUGAGCUAGAUAACCACAUGCCUUGGCCAUUGUCCAACUAUGGGUGAGUAGUCUGGAGACUGACAGAAUUACAUAAACAAUAUUACCAUUCAGGCUCCAGUUAGAUUAUGGUGCUCAUGUUACUGAGCAGUGCCCCUGUCAAUAUUAGGAAUUGUCAAAACAUUGCUAUGUGCCUUGUUAUGUUAAAUCUUUAACCUGUUUUCUAUUUAUUAAUUACCAGGCACUAAUGCAAAGUAGAGUUUAAUGUAUUUUCUACUAUUAUCCAACCUCUCCCACAUUGAUUUCCCCACUAAAAAGCGGCGUGUACACUACACGAUUUUGGUCCCGAUCGCUGUCCCGGUCACGUUUUUGAGAUCGGUAUUUUCAAACAUGGGUAUUACUAUAUCCGCACAAAACCAGCAAUGAUCGUGUAGUGUGAGAUGUGCAACACGUUUUGAGAAUGGUGAUAAGCAAUAGCCAAUGAGAGCUCGCCAGUGAGAUGACGUUUCGCAUCACACAGAAUGUGUAGGUGCUCGAUCCGUGAAUACUAUUAGUACGCGUUUGUACUUCCCUUUAACCAACGCGUCAAGUCGUUACAGCUCUGAAGUUCACAAGCAAUGUUAUUAAAUUCAAAAUGUUGGCUAGAUAUUUCAACUCUGUAUGGCAAGCGUGAAAGUCUUAAAAUAGAGCCGCACACUCUAGGAGCUCAGAUGCAAAACUAUUUAUGUCCAACGUUUCGACAGACAAGCUGUUUUCAUCAGGGUAUAAUGACAAACAAUGCGAGGUGACUCAUCUCAUUUAUACAGUGUCAAAAGACAGGUCUAUAAUUAUGGACAAAUACAAUUUGGCUACAGCGUUAAAGUCUGAACGUUUGAGGCUGAGACAGCUCGUUGUAGCUACAUUCAAUCUAAUAACAUUAUUUUUGCGAGAAAGCGUGGUAUCUAGAAUCCUCACAAACAAGUGAAUUAUCUUGUAGUGUUUGACCCCAGUCUGUGCCACAUCGUUUAGUGCGCACCACUACGUUGGCAAGACAACUACAGGAAAGCGGUUAUUUAACCUCUACGGAAUCAGAGUCCUCCCCCCGGGGGAUGGUUGCGCUAACGUGAUGAGCAGAAAGCUUAAAUUCUUGUUAAUCUAACUGCAAUGUCAAAUUUACAGUAGCUACCAGUGAAAGAAUACCAUGCUAUUGUUGAGAGUGCACAGCUAGGUACUUGAAAAUGUAUCAAUAAACCAAUUUAAGCACAUUGGAUCAGUCUAAAACUUUGCAGACUGCCAUCUAGUGGCAAAUCUAAAUUGUACCUAAACUGGAAUAAUACAUUGGUCUUUCUCUUGCAUUUCAAAGAAUACAAAAAAGUUUAAAAAAAAUAUUUGACAAGAUGUGUUAUUCUCCUACAUUAUUUUCAAAGGAAUCAAUAAUAUGCAUAUCCUUGCUUCAGGUCCUGAGCUACAGGCAGUUUAGAUUUGGGUAUGUCAUUUUAGGUGAAAAUUGAAUUAGAAAAAAAUGGGUCAGAUCCUUGAGGUUUUUAAUUUGAGGCUCAGCGACGUUAAUUCUGAAAGUUGUGUAGUGUACACCCGGCUUAACCAACAUUAAGAUCACUUAACAUGGUCAUAUGCUCUGGAAGCUGCGGACUUCCUCCUUGCUGGUCUCGAAUAUGGCCACCAGUUAGAAUUCCCAGAAUGACCGGGAUAUUUCUUGUGGCCAGCCUGUAAAUGGGAGGGGCUAUGUGGUUGGCUGCUAUGACAUGACCAAUAGAAACUGUUUCACUAUAUUGCGCACAUCUAUCAUUACGAUUGAUAUUAGCUUGUAUUGUUUUAAUAUUUGAUAAAAGGUUUGUUUUUGGAAACUUCA